AUGUCUAAAGUUGAGCCCAUCAGGUCGGCUGCUACCAUCAUUUCUUCGGAAAAUGUCAAUGUUACCUCCAUCUUAUCGCAAGCGCACAAAAAAGUGCUUGUAGACCACGAUGUUACCAACGAUGAGGCUGUCAUUUUGGCCUUGGGUUACAAAGCCGAAUUCAAAAGAGAAUUUUCCCUUUUAACCACUUUCGGUGUCUCCUUCUCGGUAUUGGGUCUUUUACCUUCCAUCGCCUCCACUUUAUGGUAUUCCAUAGCUUACGCAGGUAACGCAGGUAUCACUUGGGCCUACUUGGUGGGUAUGAUUGGAGUGUUGGGAGUGGCCUGUUCCAUGGCAGAAAUUUCCAGUGCUUUCCCUACUUCUGGUGGCUUGUAUUACGCCACGGCAAUGUUGUCUCCUCCAAAGUACAAGGCCAUUUUAUCCUGGUGGGUAGGUUGGUCCAACUACUUUACGCAAGUCACCGGUGCACCUUCGGUAGCCUACGGAUGUGCAUCAAUGAUUCUUGCAUUAAAAAUCAUGGUGGAUGAAAAUUACGUGUACCAUACUUGGCAUUGUUACUUGUUAACCACUGGCUUGACCUUCGCUUCCGCCAUUGUUGCCUCUGCUCCAACGAAAUGGUUGGCAUGGAUCAACUCAACCUCCACUGCGUUAAACUUGAUUUUCUUAUUUGUCAGUUUUGUCGUUUUCAUGGGUGGAAACAACAGAACAGAGCAAGGUUUGCCUAAAUUCAAUGAUAACAAUACUGCGUGGGCCAUUACCAACUUCACUGAGUGGAACGAUGGUGUGGCUAUCUUAAUGACAUUCAUGGCUGUCAUCUGGACCAUGUCUGGAUUUGACUCACCAUUCCAUUUAGCCGAGGAGUGCUCAAAUGCCCAGGUGGCUACUCCUAGAGCCAUUGUCUUGACUGCCGUUGUCGGAGGUGUGCUCGGAUUUGUAUUCCAAUUGGGAAUGGCCUACACCAUCGUGGAUAUCAAUGAGGCUGUCAACGAUGAGUUGGGACAGCCAUACGUGGCAUACUUGAACCAGAUUUUGACAAGGGACAGAGUAAUUGCCCUUACCUCAUUGGCCAUCGUCUUGGCUUUCUCCAUGUCUUUUGCAUGUAUGAUCGCUGCCUCAAGAGUGUUGUUCUCAUACUCAAGAGAUGGAUGUUUUCCGAUGUCCAAGUACUGGAGUAAAGUGAACGACGUGACAAAAACUCCAGUGAAUGCAGUUUGGGCCAAUUGGAUUUUGGGUGAGCUUUUGUUGUUGCUUAUGUUCGGAGGAGUGGCCAUCGAUGCCAUUUUCUCCGUGGGUGCUAUUGGCUCGUUCGUGUCUUUCACGGUGCCUACUCUCUUGCGUAUUACUUACGCCAGGAAUACCUUCAAGCCAGGUCCUUGGAAUUUGGGUAGAUUCAGUUACAUUUCUGGUAUUUUGGCUGUUUCCUUUGUGUUGUUGAUGAUUCCAAUCUUGUGCUUCCCACAAUAUAAAGGUAAGGACAACACUCCAGACAUGAUGAACUGGACUGUUUUGGUCUACUGGGGAUCCAUGUUCCUCACAGUAGCAUGGUACUAUAUCUAUGCCCACAAGAUCUACCUGGGUCCCAAGAGUAAUAUUGAUGCUUAUAACUUGGUUGAUGAGUCGGAGGAUGUUGCUGUUAUCGAUGGAGUUAUCAGUGCCCAUGACGUUCUUUUAGUCCACAAUGCCACCCCAGGCACCAUUCUACAGUUCCACGACGAACUAUCCAAUAAGCUUCCUACACUCAAAGGUAAAUGGAACUUCAGUUUCAAGAUCUUCCGUAACAACACCUAUUCCAUUCCUCCCGAGCUAGCGAGCACGCAGACGACCUCCACAGAGAAUAAGUACCUCUAUACUUGGGUUCCUUCGUAUCUCAACGAUUCAUGCGUCACUCUCAUAGACAAGAAGACGUCAGCAGUGUUUAGCCAUGUGGUGCAGGAAGAAGUCACCAAUCCCUUUGAAUUUGCCAUUCCUAACGACCAUCUACACAACGGAGCUACUUCGGGUCUCAAUGACUCGUUCGAUUACUUGGUCAACCAAAGAUUGCAAAGUUUAUGGACUCAGAGACAGGUGAUCAAAGGAGAUGGAGGACAAAUCUACGAGUUGGAAAACGGAAAUUUAAUCAUCAGAACAGCUAACGUGACCUUACACGGCAAUUUUCGGGGUUUGCUUAUUCAGCUUGAAAUUGACCACUCCAAGUUGGAUUCUGUUGAUGUUGAGCAGAUCUUCAAAGAUGUCACCAGUAGAUAUGACAUUCCUGCUGGAAAUUUAUGUCACCGGGUGAUGGAUGGGAAUGCAUUUGACGAGUUUGGAGAUUUAGCCCUUCAAUAUGCUGAAAUUCUUAAUUUUUAG